AUGGCGACCAAGACGGCCAAGACGGCCAAGGGCCUCGAGCAUGAGAAGCGCAAAGGCGAAUCGGCUCUAAGCGACUUCGCCGAAUAUGUAGAGCAGCAGCAGAAUCUACGGUAUCCAGCCUCUGCGAAGAAGCCCGCCGCCGACUCCGCAGAGCAUGAUGUAGAGCUCGACGAGCUACUAGACAGUCUGAAUCUGGUUGACUCUGCGCCGCGAAUAAAGCUGAGAGACCUCGUGCUCGGAUCGGACGACGACACCCUGAAGAAGCUCGGAGACGUCAUCGUCGAGCGAAUAGAAGAAGGCGCCGGCGAGACUGUCUUCGAUCUAGGGUUCGAGAACAGCGGUGAAUCCAUGCAGUUGACGCUGGAAGAGUGGAAAAAAGCAUAUGAAAGACUGGUCGAGGCUGCGAGGCGGGUGCGCGCAGACUGCCAGCUGCUUCUAACCACAAAUGUGGGCGGCAAGGAAGAGGCGGAAAGCACAGCGACGAGCCCGACCAAGGACAAGAGCUGCAGUGGAAAGAUUCUCAUUCGAAGGAUACCGGACAAGAUUGAGGAUGUCAUUGAGACGAGGAUAGCGGUCGUAGGCAAUGUCGAUGCCGGAAAGAGUUCGCUGCUUGGCGUGCUAGUCAAGAACGAUCUAGACGACGGGCGAGGAAGAGCGCGAGUGAAUCUCUUCCGCCAUAAGCACGAAAUGGAGACGGGACGAACAAGCUCUGUGGGUAUGGAAAUCAUGGGGUUUGACAGUCUCGGCCAAGUCGUGACUUCAGACACUCCAGGCCGAAAACUAUCAUGGGAAGACAUCGGAAAGCGCAGCGCCAAGGUCAUCACGUUCAGUGAUCUGGCUGGGCACGAAAAGUACCUGAGGACGACUGUGUUUGGCUUGCUCUCCAGCAGUCCCGACUUCUGCCUUUUGAUGGUCGCGGCCAACAACGGACUGGUUGGCAUGAGCAAGGAGCACCUGGGCAUUGCGCUGGCCCUGAAUGUUCCCGUCAUGGUCAUCAUCACCAAGAUUGACAUUUGCCCUCCCAACAUUCUCAAGGAGACCAUCAGUCAGGUCAACAAGAUCAUGAAAAGCCCCGGUGCCCGAAAGAUGCCCACAUUCAUCACAAAUCGUGAGGAGUGUGUCAACACGGCAACUCAGUUCGUUAGCAAGAGGAUAUGCCCCGUCUUCCAGGUCUCCAACGUUACUGGCGAGAACCUUGAUCUUGUACGACUCUUCUUGAACAUGCUGCCUCACCACGGACACUACCACUCGGACGCGCCAUUCGAGUUUCAGGUUAAUGACACGUUCUCGGUGCCGUUCACAGGUACAGUCGUCUCUGGCAUUGUCAAGUCUGGCAUGGUUCACGAAGGCGACAACGUUCUCAUUGGGCCGGAUUCCCUAGGGCAUUUCACUCCUACGGCAGUGCGUUCUAUCGAGCGCAAGAGGAUACGAGUGCAGGUGGCUGAAGCGGGACAAUCUGCCUCGUUUGCGCUCAAGAAGAUGAAGCGGCGAGAUGUCCGGAAGGGCAUGGUUAUGCUUCACAAAGAAGAGGGACAGACAGGCCCCAAGGUGUUUCGGGAGUUUGUUGCAGAAGUCCUUAUCCUGUCGCACGCGACGACGAUCAAGAAGCGCUACCAGGCCAUGCUGCAUGUCGGUGCCGUGUCGCAAACUUGUGCCAUCAUCGACAUUGAUCGCGAGCUGAUUCGCACGGGUGAUCGUGCCAAUGUGGCCUUUCGCUUUGUCCAGCGUCCAGAGUAUAUCGCCCCUGGAGACCGACUACUUUUCCGAGAGGGCCGCACUAGAGGUCUCGGCAUCGUGAAGUCUGUAGGGUACGAUCCCAAGUAUCCGCUGAUGAGUGCUCCAGGUGAUGGCAGUAAGGCAGCUGAGGAGAGCGAGCAGCAACCCACUGCAAUAGAAACGAAUGAUGUAACGAGUGGAACGUAG